AUGGGUGGGGAAAGCCAGCUGGUUCUUCCUGCAACAUCAGCUACAUUGACCCACUUGAAAGUGGAGUUUACUGGUUGUGACAUCAGCGGUCAUGGAGAGUCUCCAUCCAGCUGGAUCACUGUCACAGAGAAACCCACCACCACACCUCCACCUACAUCCACACCUUCUCCUGGUUGGACCUCUGUUGCUCCAUCCCUCUUUCCUCCUGUUUUCUCUGUGUUGUCUUUUGCUGGAUCAGCCUGUGUUUUGGUUCUACUGGCAUUACUGGCUCUGCUGGUGAGACGACAUGUUCGUAAGAAGUCUAAAGUUGAUGAACAAGCUGGAGAAGAUGCUGCUGAGGUCACAUAUAAUGAUAUCAAAAUAUCAAAUCUUCAACAGCUCCCAGUCAAACAAAGCAGAGAGAGUGAUCCAGCUGCAGUCUAUUCAGCAGUGAGAACAGAAGAUAUAAUUUAUGGAAAAAUCAUCAUCAAAGACAAUAAAAGAAAAAAAUCAAAGAUGAAAGAGAGUGAUCCAGCAGCAGUGUACUCAGCAGUGAGAACUGAAGAUGUCAGUUAUGGACAAAUAGCCAUCAGACCAAAGAGGACUCGAGAGAGUGAUCCAGCAGCAGUGUACUCAGCAGUGAGAACUGAAGAUGUCAGUUAUGGACAAAUAGCCAUCAGACCAAAGAGGACUCGAGGAUCUCUUGACCACACGUACCGCCCUGCCUGCCCUUCUACCAUCAGCUUUCACAGGAACCUUGCAACUCAGCUCAUCUGACAGUGAGCCCCAACCGAUCUCAGUUCUUCGAAGGAGACUUUGUGUCUCUGAGCUGUGAGGAGGACAACAGCUCUACGAGAUGGAAUCUGACAAGAAACACAAAAAAACAACAGAGGACUCAGUGUGGAGAUGGGUGGGGAAUACCAGCUGGUUCCUCCUGUAACAUCAGUUAUGUCUUUCCACUGGACAGUGGAGUUUACUGGUGUGAGUCCAGAGAGGGUCCCAUCAGUAACAUGGUUAACCUGACAGUCACUGGUGGAUCAGUGAUCCUGCAGAGUCCUGUCCUCCCUGUGAUGGAGGGAGAUGACGUCACUCUGCUCUGUAAAACAAAGACCACUCCCUCCAACCUCCCAGCUGCUUUCUUCAAAGAUGGUGUCUUCAUCGGGAAAGAGCCUACAGGUCACAUUACCAUCAAGCAUGUUUCCAGGUCUGAUGAAGGCCUCUACAAGUGUGACAUCAGCGGUCAUGGAGAGUCUCCAUCCAGCUGGAUCACUGUCACAGAUGAGGAACUUCACUCUGAUUUCACCUUUUAUUUUAUUUAUGUAUUCACCUGAACAGAUGGGAUUCUCUCUAUAGGUAGACCUCCAAUCAAAGCUCCACUUCCUGCCUUAAAACCACCCAUCUCUUCCUUGAGCACAGUUUCAGUCCAGCCCACAUCUGGAGCUCCGCCCUCUGCCUCAACACACCAACAGCUCACGCUGACCCUGGUCCGCUACCUGGUGGUGUCCUGUCCAUACUUUAUCUCCACUCUCCUCAUGGUGUCUUUAUAUUUAUCCAGAACCAAUAAUCAAUAAUCAAUGACCUAAUAACCCAAUGAUUGGCAGCUGUUAAUUGUUUAAUUCUUUAAAUAGAAUAAAUCUAACUUUCCUUCCUGACCUUUCUGGACUCCAUGAAAUGCCUCCUGUAACAGUGAUGAUCCCACCUACACAGGCUUAACAGGGACUGGACCAGGAGAUUGAUGAUGUCACAACACAGACAUCAUCUGUCUCAUUUUUUACUUUAUGUUGCUUUUGUUGAAAUACUUCCAGAGCAGGUUCACAAAAGUUUGACUGUAGAUUUAUCUAUUCUUACUGGUCUGCUCAUCUCUGAUUAACACAGCAGAAGCAUGGAAGUCACAAAGUUACUGUAUGACCCAUUAACACACACUUCUGAUCUGACCUUCUGAUCCAGAAAAGCUCAUGCAUAGCUUUGUUUAAUUUAAACUGAACUAUUGUUCCACACUGUAUACCAGAGUUACUCAUUAAUCUUAUUACAGUGUCAGCAGGCUUGCACUUGAUCCCUGUGAAUCAUAGAAUUCAGUAUUAAGACGCUGUUUGUGUUUAAAGCCUACAUGGUGUCAAACCUGCAUAUAUGGUAGAAAUAGUGUGUCUGUAUUUUUCCUCCAGAUCAUUAAGGCCUUCAUUAAGAAGGCCUUAAAAAAUACACUUCUGAUCAUCCUGCAGUUUAAGCUCAAUUCAAAAGUAGGUGCUGUUGCUAUUGUUGCACAGUCUCUGGAAUCACCUCCCAACCGACGUCAGAUAACAGUUUCAGUCUCAGCUAAAGACAAACCUUUUCUGUCUCUGUGUUUUUAGACAUCUAAUUUCUGGAACUGUGAUUGGAGGAUUGGGUGAUCUUGGGUUAUUUCAUAUACAGACUGGAUAUAUAGUCUCUUUUUUAUUUUCUAGACAGAAUUAUAAAAGCACUUUAGGUUUAAAUGUGUUAUAUAUGAAAUCUACUUACCAACUUACUAUUAGUUUGUUACUGUGUGUACCGGCUAGUCUGGGUUGUGUGCUAACCACAGCAUGGUUGGGGAAAAUAACAUGUUCAUAGACUAGAUAAAUAUGUUCAUAUUUUAUAAACACUGUUUGUAUAUUUCUGUUUUCUUUAAAAAACACAGCAGACAGCUGUAGGUAAUAAGCUAAAACUCUAGAUUACUAUAGAUUGAGACUGUUGUGUGCUUUGAAGAGGGCUGUGGAGUUUUUUUGUGGUCCUUUGGUUCCCUCUAGUGACUCCUUGAAGUAUAAGCAUGCCUUUUUUCCAGCAAAGCGUUUCAGGAAAUUUGUCCAUUUUAAUGUGUAAGAAGUUUGGUUCUCAAAAUAAAAUCAUACCUUAAGCAUAUAGUGGAUCUCU